AUGUGGACGACUAAGAUAAUUGUGGCAGCCUCAACCGACCCUUCCUCCUCGACCACGGGCCACCACCCUGACGCUUAUCCACCCACACUCGGAGGCCCAGCCAGCACCCUCCACGCCGGCCUCCUCAGCGUCCUGGCCCUCGCCACCCCCCCUCGCGAACGGCCAGCCCCGCCGGACCAGCCCGUCCUCUUCGCCUCCCCCCAGGCCGUCAAACGCCGCUGCAGCGUGGACAAGCCGCUCGGCACCAAUCUUCCCAGGCUCGGGCUUGCCCAACUCGACUACCACAACGCCCUCGCCAUCCUCCCCAUCGACCUCCGCCUUUCCACCCAGCUCAGCCACCUUGCCGCCGCCGAACUCCGCCCGCUCCUCGAGCCCUUUGGACCCCACGUCCAGCCCAGCCUCACCUCCACCGCUACACCACACUCGCCGCAGCCCAACUCCUCCUCCAGCCAGAAGCUCUAA